UCUACCCGAAAGUUUCCGUGGGGAUAGAGGCAAGAGCGGACUGGAUUCUGGAGGCUGCGCGUGGAGCAUCUGAAGUGCGUUUGUAUGAGAAUGGAGAAAUCGGGGAACACAGCUAGGGGCCUACUAGAUCAGCCCUGGGUUCCUGUUGAGAUCUCUAACACUCUUUUCUUGGUGAAAGUCAGCUUUGGGAAUACUGCCUAUCAGCUUUUGAUCUCUGAUUUGGACUUUGUCUGGUAUGAGUCAGUAGACACAAAUACUCUUGAACAGAGGGCCCAGGAGCUGAACCGACGGUUGAAAGCCUCAGUUGUUUCCUUCUUUCAACAGCUGUGUGCUAUAGCUCAGCCAAAGCUAGAGGGCCAUGAGGAGACUGAUAGUGCAGCCACAUUUUCUUGUGAGCGUGUUCAGGAUGGUUUGACUCUGCACAUGAAGAGUGAACUAGCUGGGGUUCCAUUUUACUGGAGGUUCAGCUGUUCACCUGCCUCUGUCAGAGUGAUUUGCCAGCACCUUGUGCAUCCUUUUCUGGCAAUAAGCAGGUUCCUUCAAGAGCAAACAUUGGAGCUAGGUACAUUGCUGAAAAGAAAAGAUGAUGAAAUACAGGACUACAAGGAAAAUGGUGCCGUGCUCAGUCGAGAUCGCUUGAAAACAGAAUUGUUCCAGCAACAGGCAUUUAAUAAGCUUUUUUUCUUAAAGAAACUUCCUGAGAUUUGCGCUGUUCAGGACUGCAGAGGAUUCACCAGAGAAAUUCAAGAGCUGUAUGUAGCAGUGACAACCAUGGGGUCUCGGCAGAAGCGUAAGCAUGAGGACAGUGAAGAUACAAGUACUCAGGUUUCCCAGGAAGUAUCCAAAAGCAUCUCCACCCAAGCUGAACAGGCCCAGAAGAUGCCUUUUGAACAUCUUGCAGAAGAAAAGUGCAAAGAAGAAGAAGGAGGAACACAGUCACCUUUGACAAAUGACACUAGAAAGGAGAUGACCAUGGCAACUGCCACUCAGGCUUCAAGUCAACCUACUGCAAGACCUAAAAAGAAAUCAGCCAAAGGUCUCUUUCGCUAAUCCGCAUUUCCAGACUGAUCAUAUUGUUUUUAGCCAUAAGUUUUUAUCAAUUAAUUAUAAGUUUUAAUCUUCAGAGACUCAUUUGGGACAUAAAUUUAAAAUUAUUUUAAAUAUUUGUUUUUAAUUUGUGUAGUGGCAAGGGUAUUUUUUAAUAUUCAAUAAAUUAUACUUUUACUCGA